CUAUGCUAAAUAAUGCCGAAUGCCAUGUGCAAUGUGACAUUGCGCGCAGGAUUUUCAGUCAACGCAUGGUCAACGCUCUCAAAAAAACUUAACCUAGUCCUUAGCAGUGGAUCCUUAUCAUGUUCAAGACUAAGACAGUGUUUUAAUCCCUCAGGCCAGAUGAGUUUUUCUGUUUACAAUUCAGAGAUUACUCUGUAUUGUGGUGGAGUAAUCGUGACGCACAACAUCGACAAUGACACGGUGGAUAAGCUUUCUUUACCAGAGAUGCAUUCGUCAAAAAAAGAUACUCUUCAUAAUAGAAUGGACGUAGAUUUUUACCACGCUAUAACGAACGUUUCCUACUCGAGGGAUGGAGAAUAUUUUUUAGUCUGCACCAACCGUAAGCAGUUAUGUUUGUACAGACGGAAAAAUCGAACACUUGUGUCAAAUAGAACUUUAGUCAGGGCUGCAAGCAGGGUCAAAUUUACUGCUGAUAAUGACAUCGUUGUUGCUGAUAAAUCUGGAGAUGCAUACGUUUACUCGACUAGCAAACCCGAGGAAGCUGGGACCUCUUUGCUAGGGCAUUUAUCUAUGCUACUGGAUGUCAUGGUGACAGAAGAUUUGAAGUACAUCAUUACCACGGACAGAGAUGAAAAAAUCCGUGUUUCGAUGUAUCCAAAUUGUUAUAAUAUAUUGUCCUAUUGUCUUGGACAUGAGAAGUUUGUCACGAAUGUCAAGGAACUACCUCACGAUAAAAGUAUAUUAGUUUCAAGUAGUGGAGAUGGCUGCCUCAAGUUUUGGGAUUUCCAAAAUGGAAAAGAAUUAUUAUCCGUCGAUGUAAAUGAAUAUGUUAGAGAAGAAGAUGUCAAAGAGUUUAAUAAAUCUCUUAAGGAUUGUGAUCUGGACGAAGAUGUGAACAUUUUACCAUUGAGACAUUUGAUGGUAUCCAAAAUCAAUGAUUCUACUUCUAUUGUUAUGGCAACUCUAUUCUCAUGUAAGCGUCUAUUUCUCUACACACUCUCCGGAGAAAAAAGCAAUAAAUUGGCAGUGAAUCGUAGGCAGAUAGUAGAGUUUGAAGAUGAACCGCUAAAAUGUGUUGUUCAAAAUGAUAACAUGCUUUGGGUACUCUUCGAGCAAGGACUGAGAGUGUACAUGUUCAAUGAAACAUUUUUUAGGGAAAAUAAAGACAUCGGUGGGUUGGAAAAAAUAAAUAAAUCCUGGAUAGACAUACGAAAUGAAAUGAAUACGCAAACGCUAUUUCCAAUUUUAUACAAACGAAAGUUUGACAAUGUUCAAGAUUAUCAAGAAAGGAAAAGAUCCCGUUUGUUGGCAAAGGUAUCAGAAUAGGUUUGGCAUCCCUUUUAAUAUUUGCUAGAUAGGAGCUUUAGUGGUAAUUAUAAUGAAUUAAAAUCUCAGGACCAAGCUGGUAUUUUUCAUGUACAAUUUUUAUUGUAAUAAAAGUGUUGUUAUCGCUGCA